AUGGCCAGCUUCUCGCCGACUGAGCGAUUCUGUGCACUGAAAUGCGUCGAAGCCGUCGAUAGUCGUAUGGUCCGAGAACACUCGCAGCAGGGCGGCCACAAAUUAGGGUGGUCAUUGUUCCAGGAAGCGCUCAAGAGGAACAAUGGUAGAGAAGUUUACCAAGGUAACACGGCCCUACAAGGCUGCGGCUCUAUUUCUGGCCAGACCAGCAUUCUUUGCCACCGGACUCCUUGCUUUUGCACCUCCACCUUGACCUUCAUUCACUCUUUUUCCCUUUUUCUUAUUCUCAAUCUUUUUGUUGCGUCUGCUGUUGCACAAUCUUCAGUUUCUGUUGUUUGCGUUGCGGGGCAAUGCUUGCAAGGUUUUUCUAAUGUCACAAUCGGUGCAAAGGUGUCUGCUCCUGGUUUGCCUGUGACCGUACAACUCCUUCCGGGACAAUACACAUCUACAACGAACCCACAACUCUUACACAACCUCCUCACCUCUUCUUCCACGACGUUGACACCGUCAGCCGGGUUUUCAAACUCCACCACCAUCUCCUCCCUCCCACUAAACCUCGCCCUUAAUGCUGGUCUCGCCAUCUACUCGCAGCCCCUCUAUGCUGGCCAAGCCGGCUUCUCUCCGCUGGCAGCGUCACCAGCCGCCAAUACAUCCACCCCACUCACUGCGAGCUCUUUAGCUCUCUCCAACAACGUUUGGGCAGCCGCUCAGGCGUCUGCACCUCCUCAGGAACCUGCAGCUGCCCCACCGGCUUCACCGGUUCCUCCUGCGAAACUUGCGCUCAGGGAUUUUUUGGUCCACAAUGUCAAGCAUGCCCAGCAGGAUGCCCAUCCUGCGACCAGGGCAUCACAGGUUCCGGUCGGUGUCUCGUCCCCAUCCUCCCUUCCAACGCACCCUCCACAUUGUGGGUCCACAGGACAAUGUGCGUGCAACCCUGGAUGGACCACUUCUUCCAACGGCACCGCGUGCGCGCAGUGCUCGCCAGGGUUUUUCCUCACGUCUACGGGGGACUGCCAAGUUUGCGCAGUAGGUUGCACGCAGUGCGCCGAUGGCACGGGGGUGUGCAUUGCUUGCAAAAACGGGUUUACUCAGGACGCGAACGAUAAGACGAAGUGUGACGCUGUGCCUAGUGUAACGACGUCCAACACUCUUUGUCCAGAUGGUAGCUUCGGAAAUGGCGCGACUUGCGCGGCGUGCUCGUCGACGUGCUUGACGUGCUCCGGGCCAACGUCUAAUGAUUGCAUUAUCUGCGCGACUGGGCAGUAUUUGUUCAAUGGGAACUGCGUCAGUGCGAACAGUAAUGGGCCUGUGGGGCUAAAUGCACAUCAUGCGCCAUCCCAAAUUUUAGUGUCGCCUCUACAGUCAACCAACUACAAUGCACAGGAUGCCUUCCUGGCUUCGUUCUCUCCCAAGGCCGUUGCGUGCAAAGCUUGGUUGCUUCCUCCCUCACAUGACUUCACGCUAAACCUUAUUGCCAAUAUAGCAUGCUCCUCUUCAUGUGGAACCUGCGCAGGCUCCGCUGACUUCUGCCUAACCUGCACCUCAAACCUCCUCGCCUCCAACGGAAAAUGCGUAUCCACCUGUCCCUCUGGCACAUUCUCUUCCUCCAACUCCUGCCUCUCCUGUCACGCAGACUGCGCCACCUGUUCCGGGUCCUCAUUCACCCAAUGCUCGACUUGCCCACCAAACCGCCCCGUACUAGCCAACGGGAGAUGCCUGCCCACAUGCAGCAAAUCCCAAUACUUUGACAAAACGUCCUCGUCGUGCCUGACAUGCGACUCGUCGUGCUCGAGCUGCUCUGGGUCUGGGCCCGCGAAUUGUCUAGGGUGUGCAAGCUCUAGUCAGGUGUUGCGUGCUGGGACCUGUGUAGCUGCGAAUUGUAGCGCACAAUCUAGCGUUAUACCUGGCUUGGGCGUGUGUCUAUCCGACCUUGUCCGCGUCCCCUCUUCGUCUGGCUCGCCAGCCGCUAUGCCCAGUAUCACGGGCCUGUCGAACCCUACAACUCAGCUUACUGGAAGGCGGGCACUUGCAUGGUGGGAGAUCUUGCUCAUGGCGCUUGGGUGUGCGUUCAUCUUUUUACUUGUGCUCGUGUUGUGGAGGAGGAAGGCGAGGAAGCAAAGGGCGAAAGCGACGCUGAUGUUUGCACAUACGAAGCGGUUGGAUGGGAUGCAUCAGGGGUGGAGGUGGAGGGUUAAGAGGUUCUUUGGUGGUGCGCGUGGGGGUAGGGGGAGGAGGGAGGAAGCAGAGGUGUUGCCUGUUGCCUAUAAUCACCAUGAACUGCAGCAACAGCAUACACCGCGUCCUGUGAGUCUCGUUUCGGCUGCGGAUGUGAGGACUGGCAAGAAGGAGAUGGAGGACGCGAAGAGACGGCUUCUUUCGAUGGACAGAAAGAAGAUGGACGCGCUGCGUGCUGGGUUGAAGGCUAAGAAGAUGAAGUCCCAGAAGAGGGAGACGCUGGACGACGUUAUUGAUGCUUAUGCUUAUUAUCAUGGAUCUUCUCGGGCACCCUCCACUCUGGCACCAUCCAGGUUGAGCCAGGCUCCAUCUGCGCUUCCUGGGUUGGAUGAUAACCAUCGAGGAGGACGUCGGAUAGAGCGCGAUUCGCUGUUUUCUGAGCUUAUGGGCGUGCCGAGGCGGACUGCUGAACCACGGCAGCCUGUCAAGGAUUGGGAUACUACCCGAUACUCUGCCAGUACGCUUGGCCAGCGUGAGGAGGUUUUGGUCGAUCUGGAGAAGGAUUAUGAUGAGCUGCCGCCUCAGAUUCCUCCGUUGCAGAUGAUGAGCAAUCCUUUUGGUGUCCAUACUUCGACGAGGUCGCCUACGGAGGCCCAGAAAAUUGUUAUUGCUGCUCGACCUGGGUUGCUGGCUUCUCCACCUGCUUCGACGACUCUACCUGGACCCUUUUCAAUGACUGCACACGAGAUGCCGGUGCCACUACACCAGGGAGGCUUUUGGCCCCCGCAGCAACCGGAAAUCAACAGUGUCGUCAUACAACCAACACAUACCGGUACCCCACGCAACCCGUUCCGGAUAGGGACCUUUUAG